AUGGCACCAAUCGACGGGAUUCUUCAGUUGGACCAUUGGAAACACCUGGAAUCGGUGACGUUGUGGUAUUUUGGUAUAAGGAACAUUCUACCAGACAUUGUACAUUUGCGACGUUUCGAGGCUAUGACCACAAUGACUUCGGAAGAAGUCAUCCAGUUGAAAAACCUGGUACUCCAAUCAACUCAACUCACAUAUUGUCAAGUGUACUGUACAAAUUGGAGUACAGAGAAUGACCUGUACGCAUUUUUUGGAUCAAACUAUGUAUUGAAGCUCGACAUCAUAAAGCUUUAUGCUUAUAAGUCCCGAAAAUCGAAAGACGUUUGGUAUGUAGAAGUGGAAGACGAAUAUUUAACUUUUGAGAAGUUAUCCGUGGAAAAUGAUCCUAAAAAUGUGACUAUCGUUGAAUAUGAUUAA